GAACAAUUUUACUACUUGUUUGGAAUGAAAAUCGACAUUGAGAGCUUGGAUGAAUAGGUUUUUCAUAGAAAAAUUCCAACAGGAUGGGUAAACCAAAACCAGAAGGUAAAAAAAAGGAUGUGGGGAAAAUCAAGAAAACAUCACAACAGUACAAGUUGCAUCGGCAAAAAGCUAAUGCAAGGAACCAGAAGUACAAAAGUAACUUAACAGAGGAAAAAAAAGAAAUAAUAAAGGCCAAAGCUCGAGAAAGGUACAGAAAAAAGAAAGAGCUAGGUUUAAUUCAGCCAAUUGCAGAAAGAUCUGAUAGAGAAAAGCGUAAACAAAGAAAAAUAUGGAAAAAUGCCACCACGAAAUACAGAAAAAAAAUUUCUGAUAACAUAAAUACUCCGUCACCAUUGUUAGAAAAAGAUAUUCAAUACCCUAGCACUUCACGCAAAAAUUCAGGUCGAAAAAAGGUUGCUAAAAGUAGAUCUAAAGCCUACAGAGAUUUAGCGAAAAAAGAAAGAGAGAAUGAGAAAUUGAAAACAAAAGUUCAGAAGUAUAAGCAAAGCUGGUUGCGAUUAAAAGCAGCAUCGUCAGCUUCUUUUACUCCACGUAGUAGAGUUGAAAAUCUGUUAAAAGGUAAACGUAUUUCAAGCCCGAUUAAGAGAAAGUUACUUUUUGGGGAGGUAUUAACAGAUCAACUAAAGGAAAAUUUAAAAGUCAAAUGUUCUACCCAGAGAGAUAAACAGAUGUUCCAUAGGGUGAUUUGCGGGAAAAUCAUAAAAAAGUACAGAUUUUUAAAUUUAACCCGGACAUUUCUUUCUCGCAGGAUAAGCUCUGUUUCUACUAGUGUAAACAACUUAAAAUAUGAGCGAAGUAAAAGAAAUAAAUCGAUCUCGGAUUAUUACCAGAAACUAAUUCGAGAUUUCUAUGAAGAUGACGAGCAUAGUAAAAUGUCCCCAUGCAAGAGAGACUAUGUCACAAAAUCAAAUGAGAGAGUACAAAAACGAAUUUUAACAAAAACAGUUAAAGAAAUUCACAAGAAACUCAUUAACCAAAAGAAAAUAAAAAUAUCAUACACGACAUUUUGUCGAAUGAAACCUUUUUGGGUUGUACCCCCGAAGAUGAGGGAUCGGGAAACUUGUGCAUGCAUCAAGCAUGAAAAUAUGGAAUUCAUAACGUCAAAACUGCACCGCCUAAAGGUAAUUGAAGACAAGAAGCCUGAUUCUCUAUUUCACUUAAAUUUAGAUGACUUGAAAGCAAACAUCGAUUUAAAACAGGUAUUUAAGUAUUUUUCAUGGCAAACAGUUAAGGAGUCGAAACAAAUAAAAGGAAACAUCAAAGUUAUAACCAAAAUGGUAAAAGUAGAAAAGUCUUCUACAAUAGAAGAUAUAUUUCAGAAACUUAAAGUUGAACUACCAAAAUAUGAAACCCAUGUGAAAACAAUGACUCACCAAGCGAAGGCACUGAAGACGAUAAAAGAGGGCUUGCAGCCAAAUGAGCUGUGUUUUCAUAUCGACUUUUCUGAGAACUAUGAAUUGAAACUUCAUAAAGAAGUUCAAUCCAUGCACUUCGGUGCGUCAAAAAAACAAAUAUGUCUGCAUACAGUCAUGAUGUAUGCAAAUGUAGCGGGCAAAAUAGAACCCAAAAGUUUUUUGCACAGUCUCUGAGGAUCUUUCCCACCAAGCCCAUGCUGUGUGGGCCCAUAUGGCUUCGAUAUUUUCAA